GGGCGGGCGCAGGCGGAGGGGCGAGGUUCUGGUCCCGAGGCCGACCGGGCGCUGCCGCCCGCUGCUACCCUGCGAACGGCCGUCGGCGGGAGCCCACGCGGGACUGCGGCGGCGUGCGUCCGCGUGCGGGCGAGCCUCCGCGCGCCCUCGCCGCGCCCCAUCCAUGCAGCGGCCCGGCCCCUGACGCCGCCGCCGCGGGACCCAUGCCCUGCGCGCCCGGGGACGGAGGCUCGGCGGCCGCGCGCCGGCGGGGCGCCCAUGGAGCGCCACUCCAGCUACAUCUUCGUCUGGCUGCAGCUGGAGCUCUGCGCCAUGGCCGUGCUGCUCACCAGAGGAGAAAUUCGAUGCUACUGCGAUGCCGCCCACUGCGUGGCAACUGGGUAUAUGUGCAAGUCUGAGCUCAGCGCCUGCUUCUCCAGACUUCUCGAUCCUCAGAAUACAAACUCCCCACUCACCCAUGGCUGCCUGGACUCUCUCACGAGCACAGCAGACGUCUGCCAAGCCAAACAGGCCCAGAACCACUCAGGCAGCACUGUGCCCACCGUGGAAUGCUGUCACGAAGACAUGUGCAAUUACAGGGGGCUGCAUGACGUCCUCGCCCCUGCCAAGGGGGAAGCCUCAGGGCAAGGAAACAGGUACCAGCAGGACGGGAGCAGGAACCUUAUCACCAAGGUGCAAGAGCUGACUUCCUCCAAAGAACUGUGGUUUCGGGCAGCGGUGAUCGCAGUGCCUAUCGCCGGUGGGCUGAUAUUAGUGUUGCUGAUUAUGUUGGCCUUGAGGAUGCUCCGGAGUGAGAACAAGAGGCUGCAGGACCAGCGACAACAAAUGCUGUCUCGUUUGCACUACAGCUUUCAUGGACACCAUUCCAAAAAGGGCCAGGUGGCAAAGUUAGACUUAGAGUGCGUGGUGCCUGUGAGUGGGCACGAGAACUGUUGUCUGACCUGUGAUAAAAUGCGACAAGCAGACCUCAGCAAUGACAAGAUUCUCUCCCUGGUUCACUGGGGCAUGUACAGUGGCCACGGGAAGCUGGAGUUCGUAUGACAGAGCCUUAUCUCAUCUACGCUUCUCCAACGCUUGGAGGCCUUGAGUUCUGCCGGACAGGAGCACUUUAUCUGGAGACAAAACAGUUCUUCUAAUCACCUUCAAGAGGCAGAAUGACCCUCUGCAGACAGAACCUUGGGAUUUCUUCUGAAGGAUUAUUUGCACAGACUUGAGUACAGUCAAAUGUAUUAUUUGCUUUAAAAUUAUGAAAAGCAGAGAAAAGACUAUGUACACACUGUUACCUGGGUUAUUUGCAUCCAGAGGCGCUGGGAUCGAGUCCCUAAAUAAACUAGCUGUGCUCUGUGUAAGCUCCUACAUCCUGAUUUGUUGUAAAGAGUUUUAAAAUAUAUAUAUUUUUUGCCUGAA